AGCAGGAACAGGGAGUCGGAUAGAGCGUGCGCAGCGAGGAGGGAAGGAGAGGAGGCCUGGAAAAGCCGGGAGUGUUCGUUCGAGUAAGCCCUCUCGGGCCACGUCCUCUCUCCUCGACUCCGCGUCUCGGUCGACACGUUUUCCCGUUCCUUUUUUCUUUUCCUCCGGGAAGAAAAGAAGGAGGAAGAGGAGGAAGAAGAAGGAGAAGAGGAAAAAGAAGAAGAAGAAGAAGAGAAAGAAGAAGAAGAGGAGGGAGAGGGAGAAGAAGAGAAGGUAGCGCCUCCGGUCGUGGUUGUUUCUCUGCCCGAGUGCGGUGUGGUGGUCGUCGUGGUGGCGGUGGUGGCGGUGGUGCGGUGAUCGCUGCUCUUACUAGCGUGUGCGACGUGUAUCCAUCGACUCGUGCUCUCGACACUCGCACGCCUUCCUUCGAAGCCGAGCACGAAUCCAGGUCUCGCGGCGUGGUGGAAGCGGACACACCGACCGACCGACCGACCGACCGACGACCGGAGCGCCGUCAAACGGAUGGUGGAGACGGGAGAAGGAGAGACAUCGUAGAGGGAGCGGCGGUGGGAGGGGGUAGGCGGAGGGAGGCGAAGGUGGUCCAGCACUCCGCAGCGUCCACGAGCCACGAGGAAGACGAGCGUCCAGGGGUGGUGACCCGCACCCCCAGCGCGAGAAUCCCAACCCCGGUGCACCCUUCGCUCCGACUCUUGCUCUCGCGAGAUAUUACGCGCUACUACGCGUGCCUCGCUCCGCUCUCGUCGCUCCGCACGAUACGCUUUCCCCUUUUCUUCUCUUCUCUUCUCUUCUCUUUUCUUUUCUUUUCUUCCCCCUCUUCUUGGAAAAUUCGAUCGAACUCGAUCGAAAAUCGGAGGAGGAAGGUUUUACGAGAGAAUUAAAGGAAGGAAGGAGCGAGUGAAGGAAGAAGGAAAGGGGGAGAAAUUUACCCGGUCGUGUUCACCUGUCGAUGCGCCUCCGUGGCAAUCGGAACGAUCGAUCCUCCCGAACACGGACGCGCACUUCCGGGGAUCGUCGUUCCGGCGUGGUUUAAUUAGAGGAGCGUGCGCGACCGAGCGAGCGAGCGAGCGAGCAGCCGGCACUGCGUGCGGCUCCUCUCUUUCGAUCUGGACCACCCGAUCCUGUCGGUGAUCCCGUGACCUUGUGACACCGCGACAAGACGAGCGUAACCCAAGCCGCCUCUCCGUGUGCCGUGUGGGAAGGAGGGAUGCGGAAGAUGAGGUCGAAGCGUUGAGCCAACGCACACCCUCCGCGAGACUCGUCCGGGUUCCGUGUGCGAGCGUGUUCUACGCUCUAAUAGUGUCUCGUUCCCCGUUCAACUGUCCGAAAUAUUCUCCAAGCAUCGAACCGAGAGAGAGAGUCGAAGAAUCAGAGACAAGAUCUUUUUCGAAAGAUUAAAAUUAAAGUGAGUAAAGGAAAAGAAAGAAAGAAAGGAAAAGUGUCGGGAUUUGUUUCGCGACGAGUUCAAAAAGUGUCAACGAUACGAUCUCGAUAGAAUCUUGAAGAGGGGAAGAAGAAGCGGAUAGACGAAGAGAGAGAGACUGGUGUUGGAAAGGGGUUUGCUUGCAAGGAUUUUCAAGGGGAAAGAGCGAUAGUUGGUAAACAAGAGGAGGAGAAGGAGAGGAGUGGAAUAGGAGUGGAGAGACCGACCCAGCCUCGAAGGAUCGAAGUCGUGGCGAAAGCAUGAGCGAGGGCACGCCAAAGUCCCAGGGCAAAACCAUGCCCGAUGGCUCGCCAGCUCGAAUGGAAGCCGGCGAUGGCGGCGGCGCUGGUGGAGAUGGCGACUCCAUGGUGGGCGGCGGUAAUUCCGAGAAGAAGAACACGGAAUACGAGACGAAUCUCUUCCUCUAUAGCGAAGAGAUGGAAGUUCGUCCUCGAAUUUCCACGCUGCUCAACAGCCUGUCGGACUACAGCAACACGAUUCCAGCUGCGACCGACCCGGAUGCGAAACCUCCACCCGUGCAAGGUGGUGCACGAAUGGGUACUUUGAUCGGUGUCUUUCUGCCUUGCAUCCAAAACAUCUUUGGUGUGAUUCUAUUCAUUCGUUUGACCUGGGUCGUUGGCACCGCUGGAGCUUUUCAGGGUUUCUUCAUUGUGUUGUGUUGUUGUUGCGUGACGAUGCUGACAGCUAUCAGUAUGAGUGCCAUCGCGACUAAUGGCGUUGUACCAGCUGGAGGAUCUUACUUCAUGAUAUCCAGAAGUUUGGGUCCAGAAUUCGGUGGUGCCGUAGGAAUGCUCUUCUAUACGGGUACCACUCUAGCUGCUGCUAUGUAUAUCAUCGGUGCUGUUGAAAUUGUCCUGACUUACAUGGCGCCAUCGCUUAGUAUAUUUGGAGACUUUACAAAAGACCCUAACAUCAUGUAUAAUAACUUUCGCGUAUACGGUACUGGAUUGCUUAUGGUAAUGGGCACUAUCGUAUUCAUUGGUGUGAAAUUUGUCAACAAGUUUGCGACUGUCGCCCUAGCUUGUGUCAUUCUUUCUAUCGUGGCUGUCUACGUAGGGUUAUUCUAUAACUUUAAUGGCAACGAAUCUCUCAAGAUGUGUGUUCUCGGAAGGAGAUUGUUAAAAGACAUCAACGUACUUACCGAAUGUAAUAAGAAUACUAGUGGAAUUCUUCAUCAACUCUACUGUGGAAAUACAACCAACACAAACAAAUGUGAUCCUUAUUAUAUGGAAAACGAUGUGACUAUUAUAAAUGGAAUUCGUGGAUUGGCCAGUGGUGUAUUUUUAGACAAUAUAUGGGACAGCUUUCAAGAAGAAGGCCAACUGAUUGCCUAUGGAAGAGAUCCCAAAGAUAUUGACAUGAUGUCCAAUUCUUCCUUCAAUCAAAUUCAAGUCGACCUUACCACUACCUUCACCAUUCUUAUUGGUAUUUUCUUCCCUUCAGUCACAGGAAUCAUGGCUGGCUCCAAUAGAUCAGGUGACUUAGCAGAUGCCCAGAAAUCUAUUCCUAUUGGUACUAUUUGUGCCAUUUUGACAACCUCAACAGUAUAUCUCUCCAGUGUUUUACUCUUUGCUGGUACAGUGGACAAUCUUCUACUUCGAGAUAAAUUUGGCCAAAGUAUUGGUGGCAAACUGGUAGUAGCGAAUAUGGCUUGGCCCAAUCAAUGGGUCAUCUUGAUUGGUUCUUUCCUGUCCACUCUUGGUGCUGGACUUCAAUCUUUAACGGGCGCUCCACGAUUACUCCAAGCUAUCGCUAAGGACAGUAUCAUUCCUUUUUUAACUCCAUUCGCCACCAGUUCGAGUCGAGGAGAACCUACAAGAGCUCUAGUAUUGACAGUAAUCAUUUGCCAAUGUGGUAUUCUUCUUGGCAAUGUUGACUAUUUGGCUCCCUUAUUAUCAAUGUUCUUUCUCAUGUGCUAUGGCUUUGUAAACCUGGCUUGUGCUCUACAAACUCUUCUCAGAACACCUAACUGGCGACCAAGAUUCAAAUACUAUCAUUGGAGUCUUUCUUUUCUCGGUCUGUCCCUCUGCAUUGCCAUCAUGUUCAUGACAAGUUGGUACUAUGCUUUAUUGGCCAUGGGAAUGGCUGGCUGUAUUUACAAAUACAUUGAAUACCGUGGUGCUGAGAAAGAAUGGGGUGAUGGUAUUCGUGGUCUAGCUCUAUCAGCCGCUCGUUACUCUCUUUUGAGACUGGAGGAAGGGCCACCUCACACAAAGAACUGGCGACCACAAAUUCUCAUCUUGGCUAAGCUGACAGAUGAUCUAGUACCCAAAUAUCGCAAAUUAUUCGCAUUUGCUAGUCAAUUGAAGGCUGGAAAAGGUUUGACAAUCUGUGUCAGCUGCAUCGGUGGUGAUUACAUUCAGAACACUGGCAAGACUUUGGCCGCAAAAGUGAAUUUGCGCAAGACGAUCGCAGAGGAAAAAGUAAAAGGAUUCGUAGAUGUCUUAGUGGCUAAGGAUGUCGUCGAUGGUCUCUGUUCUUUGAUUCAAACAACCGGAUUAGGCGGCAUGAAGCCUAAUACUGUGAUUCUUGGCUGGCCCUAUAGCUGGAAACAAUCACAAGAAGAAAGAAAUUGGAGGGGAUUCUUACAGACUGUCAGAGCAGUUGCCGCAGCCAGAAUGGCUCUUUUGGUACCUAAAGGAAUUAACUUCUUCCCUGAUUCAACGGAAAAAGUUGUGGGAAAUAUCGAUGUCUGGUGGAUCGUGCACGAUGGCGGUCUUCUGAUGCUGUUGCCAUUCUUGCUGAAGCAACAUCGCACAUGGAAGAAUUGCAAAAUGAGAAUCUUCACAGUCGCCCAGAUGGAGGAUAAUUCUAUUCAGAUGAAGAAGGAUUUGAAAAAAUUCCUGUACGACCUGAGAAUCGAAGCUGAAGUGGAGAUCGUGGAAAUGAUGGAUUCAGACAUAUCUGCAUAUACUUACGAGCGAACUUUGAUGAUGGAGCAGAGGAACCAAAUGUUGAGAGAGUUGCGACUAAACAAGAAGGAGUCCCUAGGAGUGGUGCAGUCAUUGGUGGACUUCAACGAGGUACCCGCUGAAGAAAAUUUACCUCUGGUGCAGGCGAUUGUGGAUCAUCACCACAACGUGGACGUGAAGGUGGCCACCAAAGUGAGAUUCCAGGAGCCUGGAAGCCAGAAUCCUAACGCGGUUGACGAGGCGCAAGAGAAAUUGGUACAGGAGACGGAAGGCAAAGAGGGAGAGGCAGAUGUUAAUGACGCUGGAGAAGAAGCUAAAGAGGGCAAUGAGGAGGAAACGAAAUUGAUUGGUGGGUCGCCGAAACAGGAAAAUAAGGAGAAUACGGAGAAGGAAGCGAAAGAGAACGAGGAGAAGAAAACUGAUAGUCCAGAAUCUAAGAAACCUACGAUAACACCGGAUGAAGGUAACGUAAGACGUAUGCAUACUUCCAUCAAAUUGAACGAAGUGAUCGUGAAGAAGAGCAAAAAUGCUCAGUUAGUCAUACUCAAUCUACCUGGACCACCAAGAGACACCAAACUAGAACGCGAAUCAAAUUAUAUGGAAUUUUUAGAGGUUCUCACCGAGGGUCUUGAGAGGGUGCUGAUGGUACGUGGAGGUGGACGGGAGGUGAUCACUAUCUAUUCGUGAACUAGACCUGCUGUAAAUGAAUUAAUCGCCUCGCGACAGCGGAAAUCUAGUUUACUUUUGAAAGACCUAAACGACUUCACCCUACGAAACACGUUGCUCUUGUGCCAUUGUCUGAGCAGUCACUUGCGUUGCGCGUUGUGAACACAUAUUCAUACACAUACACACACAGUACAACCGGUUACCAGAAGAAGAGUACCGAAUGACGAUCAGCGACGCUAUUUUAUCGCGGAUAAAAUUGGGGUACCAACGAGUGCCCAGAUCGAGAAUAUUAGUUAAAAGAAUAAAGAAGAGGAAAAAAAGCUGACUCUGGACGAGAAGGCCAAAAGUGACAUGCCAAAGGAUAAAAUGAUUUUCCUUCGAAUGAAUUUCACGCGUAAACUAGGAUACAUAGGAUCUAUCUUAUUUUACUCGUCCCUUUCCUCGAUGAGGCUAGAGACUAUAAAAAAAAAAUAUUUAAAAAAGUGGUUUUUAUUCGUGUCACACGUGUUACACGUGCGACAGAUAGCUAGCACAGAGGACUGCACACAGAGCAUACUUCGACCUUGUCAUUAUAUAAUCGGAUUCUCAAAAAGUAGUGUUUGAAAUGAAGAAAAGACGGAGAAAAACAGAAUUACGUCGCAGAGAUAGAGUUUCGAUCUGAGAUUAACGAAAUCCGAGGAAAAAGUAAAAAUCGAAAGAGAAAUACAAAAAGUCGAAUCAAACAAAAGAUUGAUACGUCCUGAGAGUAAAAAAUGAGAAAGAGAGAGAGAGAGAAAUUCAUUCAAAGAUUCCGACGAUUGUAUUCCAAUUUGAAACUGAAAUCAAAAUUUUUGGUCCGAGGCUAAGAUCGAAGCAUCUACGAAAACCACUGCCAGAAUACUUUCUAAAUGCUUCGCGUUUAACCAAAGACGCGAGAGGCUCAUUUUUCUACAUACAUUAUCGUUAUAGAGAGUAUAAUAGGUAUGUAUAAUUCUAUUGCUUAUAGGUGAACUUAGGGUAGCCUAGGAUAGCGCGGUGAAGCACGCCGACGAAUGAAGACGCAUACGCGUACGCGAUUGAAUCGUGCGCGUUUUUUUGCGUCUACGUGGCGGAAGUUAGGGCGAACGUUGGCAGCGUUGAACGGUUUUAUGCGGACGCAGCAUUGAAAAUAUGUCUGUAAGAUAGAGAAUGAGGCGAGUUCCCUUUUUUUUGGAUUCCUUAAAUUCGUAACACUAAAUAUGUUAUAUGUGCAAUUAAAAACGCAAAGAAAAAUAAAUUUCCGAAAAGAAAAAAAAAAAAUAGUAGAAAAUUAUCGACGUAUAGAAAAAUACGUCACUGCCAAAAGAAAAAAAGAAAAUAUUCUUGAAAUUGUUAUUUAGGAUUGUGUGCGAUGAUUGACGGUUAACAAGAUCGAUGCAGAAAGAAAAGGUUUAGAUUUUCGAUUAAAAACAGAGAAUAGUACUAAGGUAUUCUUGAAAUUACUAAUUUAUAUCACUUAACAUCGAUACAAUAUCAGGAUUCUAAUAGCAAUACAAGUUCACGGUUUACUUAAAAUUACGAAUCCGUAACACUGCAUCGCUAUGAAACAUAGAUCUACUUACAAUUAAAUGAUUCUAACGCUAAAUGUCCUAAGGAAAGUAUAUAUAUUAUAUAUACCGCGAAAAUCUUUUUCGAGUUACUAAUUCGCAUUCUUCGUAUCGAUAUAAAACGAAGAAUUAGCAAUAGUAGAAAACUAACCAUAGAGUUCGAGUUUCUUAAUGUAUUUACAAAAAAAAAAAAAAUGUAUCGCGAAAGUCUUGAGACAUUAAUGUAGAUGAUCGAUGUAUAACACCAGAGAUUGAUAGCAUUAGAAUCCAAACUGUAUGAUAAAAUGGAUCUAUUAAUGCAUCGGUAUAAUUUAAAAAGUUAGCAACUAAUUGCUACCACAAGUACGCACAGAGCAUCAAUAUGAAAGAAAUCUCUCUUUUCAUUCAUCGUUUUAUAUAUACAAAUAUAUAAUAUAUAUAUAUAUAUAUAUAAAUAUAUAUUCCACUAUACGAAGUCUAAAAAUUCUCAGACGCCUCGACAUUGCGUCCCCAUAAAGGUUCAAGCCGUAGCGUUUACUUCCAACUAGCGCCGCGAACGACGAACAAAGGAAACACGGCGAGAAUCCACGCAUCUCCUACAGGACUGAAGUUCGUUCUUUCCAUUGUAUUUCUCGAUUCUCUUGUGAGUCGAAACCUUCGUCUAGGUUCGCGUUUAUACUGUCCAAGGCCUACCAGUUCGAUUCACCACUCUGAUAAGUUUAUAAUAAAAGGAACGCGCUCGCGUUACUCUCGUCUAACCAUAAUGGCAAUAGCCAUUAAAAAAAAUAACGGUAAUCAUUUGCGUAGAGUUACAGAACAAACGGUGAAUGCCAAAAAAAAAAAAAGAAAAACAAGAAAAAAAAUUACGUCACAUUUUUCGCGAGAAUCCUUAACUGACUUUCAUCGAAGGAUAGUGUGUAGCGUUGUAAUCGGUCGCAUUUAAGUGUCGUGUGCAUGUCACGUUUCAUACACGGCCAUCUUUGGCCGUGCCUCAUUUUUAGAUAGGCACUAUUUAAUACAUAUAUACAUAUAAAUAUACUUAUAUAUACAUGACGUAUAGUUUAUCUACAAAAUGAAAAAAAGAAAAAGUUGACGAACAAAAAUCUUUUUAAGAGAAAAAAAAAAAAAAACAAAGUGGAAUAUAAUCAUGUUAGAACGAGUAACUUUUACUAUACUCGAUUUAUUGUGUCUACUUAAUCGAAAGCUGCGAACGAAUCGUGGUUCUAGAUGAAAUUUAUCGGAACAAAAAAAAGUUGAGCACUCGACGAACCUUCGCUAUGUGUAUUUAGUUGGUCACUAUGUGUAUGGAACUUAUACGACGAUUCUUUUCUUCGUUCGUUACGUUUAACAUUAUACAAAGUGUUUCAAAAAGAUUAGGUUAAGUUUUUUUAUUCAUGAAAUUGAAUAAAAAGUGAUAGUACUGUAAGAAUUUUUUAUUAGUAUGAACAGUGUACUUAAUUUUAUUGAUUUAAAAAUGCAUCCUAUUUGUAUCAUUAAUAUAAUCCAUUGUAAUCAUAAAGUCACCAGUGAAAGUGAGAUUAUUUUUACAGCAGAAAAAUAAUUAUUUAAUUAUUUUGAUAAAUUAUUUUAUAGAAAUUAAUUUUUGAAACACUUUGUACGCAAGUAAGAAUAUUAAGUCAUCAAAAAUAAAAAUUAACCGAGAAAUCAAAAUUGUUGCCUAUAUAUAACUUACCAAAGAUUCGAAGAAGCAAGAUGAAUAUAUUUAAUAAAUAAAAAUAGUCAAAUUGUUUUAAAAUGUCGCGUGAAAAAGUGGAAGACAUUUCUUUAUCUACCUCAUCGCCAUCACGCGUUGAACCAAGUAAAUACGAAAUGAAAAAAAACAGUUGGAUUAGCAUUGUUUGCAACGAUUACGGCGAAGAAAAAGAGACAAAAAGACAAAUGGUCCAAGGCCGGGAUAAGAAAAAAAUGUGUAGGUUCGCGAGAUGCUUCUUCUGUCUCUAUCUAUCGUCCACCAUGUUGCGACAUGUACUUUCUAAUUUUAAUGUUACUCACUUGUCGAUUACCAUAUAUUUUAUGUGUACUUGCCUAUUUGAUAGGCAUCGGCACUGCAUAGUUUAUACGAGACAUGUUGACUAUGAGAAAAGUUUAUCGGAAAAGUGAAGGGUGUAAGUCAAAGAAGAAUAAUAAGAGAAGAACGAAGAGAAUUAUAGAAGAAAAAAAAAAAUAUAAAGAAAGCUGAUAAAAUGUUAAAUGUGUUGUAUAUAAAUAAGUAGAAAGAGAGGGAAAAAAUAUGACAAAAAUGAUUGGAAUUUAAAAGAAAAGGUUUAAAUAAACAUUAAAAAAAAAAAGAAAAAAACAAUAAAAAAGAAACAAAUGAAGAGAAACAUCUUUUUCAUAGGUCAAACAGUAUUGCAGUGUAUUCUGCUGCCGCUUUAAUAUUUUACUAUGUCAUAUUUACUUGAAAAAUGCACAAUUGACCAUAUGGACAUAAACAUACAUACACAUUACAUAGGCGUAAGAGAAAGAGAAUAUUAAUGAAAAGGAAAAAUAUAUAUAUUAUAUAUAUAUAUGAAAAAAAUAUAUAAAUAUAUAUAUUAUAUAUACGAGCUUGGCAUUUGUCGGGGAUUUAUCGUGUGUCGUUGUAGCGAUGCGGCCCGUUAUGAACGGAUUCUGCAUCUGGUUUAAAUCACCUCUAGGCUGUGAGAUGCGAGCUAAGCAGCAGAGAAACUUGCUCGAGACCUCAAUCAUAUGUGUCAAAUCAAGCGUCAAAUACUAUAUACAUACGUAUACACUUUUAAACCUUAAUAUCUCGUUAAAAAAAAAAGAAAAAAAAAUACACCGAGUCUAGCCCUCUUUAAAAAAAAAUCGAGAUCUAUCCUUGCUCGUGGCGAUACCAUUUAGUUUUAUCUCCUCACAUACAACAUACACAUACAUACAUACAUACACAACUUUAGAGUUCGAAUUAAAAAAAAUGAAAAAACAAACAUAAAGAAAAAUAAAAAAAAAAAAUAUGGAAACGUAAGAAAACAAGCGAUAUAUACUUCCCGUAUAUGAAAGUUAAUUGUUGAAGAGCAAAUGUCAAAUGAGUAAAUAUAAAAAAGGGAAAGAAAUUACGGGAAGAUGUGUUAUAAAGCGAAUAUAUGUAUAUAUAGAUAUGCACAUAUACAAAUUCUAUAUAUAUGUGUAUAUAUGUAUAUGUAUAUAGAACAAAUAUAAAAUAUAUUUGUAGAUACGAACACUUUAGCUAUCUGAUUAGCGUAUGUAAUAGAGUCAAUACUGUGAAAAAAAUUACCUAUAACUUUAUCCCUAUACCCUUCUAGAUUAUAGAUGACGAUGAAUACUUGUAAUUAACUUAUGAAAAAAAGAUGAAGUAUAAUGAAUGAAGAAACUAUAUCUGCGAUCAGAUCGAUUAAAUAAAUAAACGAUACACCUAUUAA